AUGAACUACGCCAGCAGAGGCAAGCAUGAUCCACAAGCGGAACAAAAUAAUCAACAUUUAAAAGCACUGUUUCGGGUUCACUUUCACCAAAUGCCAUUCAAGGCGAUUCCAAAGAAGUUAACUGUGGCACUUAUGACACAAGUUGCUAAAAUAUCCAACUACUAUCAAGCAAAAGGUGGGUUGUCUGCAUACUACAGCCCGCAUAUGAUUAUGCAUCAACGAAUGGUUGAUGCCACUAAAGAAUUUGUUGUUGAGAUUGGUGCAUAUGUCCAUGGAUAUGGCCAUGACACCACAAAUAAUAUGGCUGCUCGAACGAUCGAAGGUGUUUACAUGGGACCCACCAACGAUAUUCAAGAGGGGCACUGUAUAUAUGAUCUAAACAAAAAGUGCGAGGCACAAUGUACAAAGAUCAAGGUUCUUCCAAUGACUGAUCAAGUCAUCAAGAUCAUUGAAGAAGACGCAAGAUUGGAAGGAGUGACGGAAUUACGCACCUAUUCCAAGCACAAUGGCGAGCUAAUCCUCAAUGGAGAUUUGCUCAAAGGAGUGGACCCAGAUGAACUGUGGGAUGAAAACUAUGUACCAGUAAACAAAAUUGAGAGACUGAGUGAUGUGACCCUCCGAAAUGAAAAUAUUCCAGAUGACGAACUUGAUGAAUUACUAAUGGAUGCUGAAGCAGACAAAAUGGAAGCGAGGCUUGACAGGGACAGGAACCCAAGAUACGAUAGCAAGGCAAGUCAAUAUGAAGAUGAGCUAGAGGAUGAAAUGUUCAAUCGAAUGUUCAAGCAGAUUAAGGCUAGACAAGAUGCUGAAGAUCAAUUGGACAAAGACUACCAAGAACAUGAAUGGAUAACUGGCAAUGAGGACAUAGACUAUGAAGACAAUUAUGAGUCUGAAUUAGACGAUGACGAAGCCAAGCAGAUGCUAGACAAACUGGCAGCUGAGUUAGUGGAACCUGGGAAACCUGACAAAGAAGAAGUUCUGUUCACAUUUGAUGAAGAAGAUGAAGAUGAUGACAAUACACAAGAAGGUGUGGUAGUUGAAUCAGAAGAGGAAGAUAGUGUUGCUCACACAGGAGUGAGAUUUGCGGAUGGUAAUGAGUCCAAAGGAAUUGUGCGAAGUUACAUUGACGACGGUGUAGAGAUUGGAACAAAAAGGGUACUUUGUCCAAGACACAAUCGAUCCUACUUCUUACAAGGGGUAAAAAUGAGACCCUCUGAGAGAUACCAAACAGAGAAAUCAAGAUUUGGACAGGCAUACCUGCAAAGAAAGAAUCCGCCUGUGCCAAACGUUUUGAGAAACAGGCAUGCGAUGAGAAGAAAAGCACAAAUGAAAAGACUCCGAGUCUUGUUGUAUCAAGCAAUCAAGAGAAGGAUUGACACGCAAAGAAAAGGAGCACAGUUACAAGGGAACCAUAAGUACAAGCGUUCCAUCCAAGAACACAUGCACAAUUUGGCAUUCCAGCAAGUCGGAAACACAAACAAAGGCAAAUAUGACGCGGACAAAGCUUUGGUAGUCGCGCGUGUUAUUCAACAGAUACGUGAUGGUGUCAACGGUGGUAUCAAUGGGCAAGACGGAGUCUUGUUCAUUCAGCAAUACUAUCUGAAUAAACGACUGAAGAUAUUCAAGGAGCGAGGUAAAGACGCGGCCAUGAAAGAACUUGACCAACUGAUCAAGCGCAGUUCCUGGACACCAAUCAGUAUUGAGAAACUAAAACCAAGAAGGCCGUAG